CUGUUGGUCGGAUCGGUGACAUCAUGCGCACAUUCUUGUAAUUGUUUCGUUUUUCAAAGAGUAUGCAUGAUGAACAUUAACAAUGCGCAUUGAGAACAAAAUCAUUUCCGUUUUCUAAAAAUAGCUCGAGUUACAACUGAAGACCCUAUAAUUAUUAUGAGUGUAUUAGGUAUACUUGCGGCACUGUAAGAUACUUCUUUAGAUAAAAUCUACUGCAUGCAGGCGUCUGCUGCAUUCGUGGAGGUCCGUGGUCUGAGAAUUAGGAAGUGUUCACGAUUACUAUUUGCGUAAUUUCUCUGAUGGCUGACUUCAAAGCAGUGAAUGUCCAGGAUGUUCACGUGGAGAAUCUGGAGAGUGCGUGGCCAGCACUGCUGCAAGCUAUAAACAACUGCGAGUUCCUGGCUAUGGAUCUUGAACUCAGCGGCCUGGGAAAUCGGCGACAACUGAUGGCAUACUCUGUUGAGGAGCGCUACAAGACCCUGGCUACGACAGUGCGCACGCGUGCUGUCAUAGCUGUCGGCCUAUCCUGCUUCCGGCGUCUCAACCCCUCUUUGGACGAGGUCGGCGAGCGAUGGAUCGCACAGACGUUUGACAUCAGCACGCUUUGCUCCGAGAACUACACAGUAGAGCCGGGCGCACUGAAGUUCCUCAUCGAUCAUGGCUUUGACUUUAACAAGCAGUACGCGAAGGGCCUGCCGUACAAGCGGGGCAAUGACCAAGGAGUUGAACCAGAAAAGUCGAUCCGUUCACUCAUCAGUCUUAUCUUCACGAGUGGCCGACCGCUAGUUAUGCACAACGCCAUGGUCGACCUGGCGUUUCUCUACGGCUCGUUCUAUGCCGACUUACCAAACACGUUUGAUCAGUUUAUUGCCGACACAAGCGUGAUGUUUGCAUCUGGCCUGUAUGACACGAAAGUGAUCUCCGAGUAUCACAUGCGUCUGCCGGCGUCGUACCUGCAAUAUGUCUUCCGACACAGUCAAAGAAGGAAUUACAAGGAUUCUGUGGCUGGCCGUCGCCACAUAUCUCUUAUCUUUCUCUCUCCCGUCCUGUCUGCCAAUAUCGAUACAAUCAAGUGCAAGCUAAGGUCGUCAUUCACCGCAGCCAGUCAGAGGUCGGGUGCAGCAAGUACAGAGGCAGCGGUGCAGAAAUCUGACAUCUGUGAAAAGUUUGCUGCCUAUGGGUUUUGUCACCUGAAUAACAGCUGUCCGAAAUCACAUGAUUUGGAUGACAUCCUUGAUGUUGAAGACGCUGAAAUUGCAAAGAAGAGCCGGAAGCGGAGACAACGGGCGGAGAGAAAGGCUGCUGCACGCUCAGGUACGAACGGCAGUGCAGAAACUCAUCUAUCCGAAGGAGAAGUGUCAUCAAGUGAUGGCGAUGAAGCUGAUAGUGAUGACUCAGAACCACCAGCAAAGAAGAUUUGUAAAUCGCCAGCAGAAAGCAGCAGUGGCACGGGUACGCAGAAGGUUGCAGUGGCAAAACCAGGUCCUGCAAAUGUAGCAGCCAGUGCUUCGCUAUCAUCCAAGCCAAUUCGUAAAUGGUGCACAGGCAGUCAUCGGGCUGGCUUUGAUGCAUUCAUGACAGGCUUCUAUCUUGCGUAUUGCUUACGUCAGAAUGCACCAAAGACAAAGGCUACUGGUGGUGAUUGCGUCAGCAGCGAAUUGUUUGCACCAAUCUGGGAGCACAGAAACCGGAUCAACCUCUCUGGCAAAGACAAGCCAAUGCAGCUUGUAAAAAGUCAUUUUGCCAAGACAUCACAACAGCACAAUGAAAAAUGGGCGAAGUUGGUUUCGAAGACGUGAGAGGUUGACACUAUUCGAGCAAACCAACCCUGAGGUGGAGUACUGCUUUGCUCCCAGCCCGUACCAUUGGAGUUCUCAUUUGGUGAAGAUCAAUUCCAGCUGUUCAAGUUGGACUGGAACUAUCAGUUACCAUGCACAUGCAGGACCUGCAUGUAGGCGCUUGACUACUCAACAGCUAUCUGCACCGCCGGAUUUUAUUGUUGCUGGGAAUACGACAAUGAUUGCGUUGGCUGUUCAAGGACAUGAUGCAAACACAGCGUUGUAACGGGCACGGUGGGUGGGCAUGUGUGAAAUCAAGUGGAAUCAUUCAACAGCCACACAUUUCUUCUUUGAGUGGCAUUGGCGCCAGCUGCACAUUGCUGCAGGUGUUGUUUUGCCAAUCCCGGUGGCUUUAUUGCAGUAUUCAUAACGUCAUGUCGUGUGUCUGCUCGUCCAAUGGACACCCUGCCAUUACUUUAGCCUGUUCCCCCAGUUCAGCUCCCACCAAGUCAGAUCUAAGCUACUUGAGCAUGUUUGCCUCGUGCGAGGUGCCAUCCUUAUUACUUUUUCAUAUUCUCUUCUUCACUCCAGGGUGGAGGGAUGCCCGGUCUUGCUUCGUUCUUGCUUUUUAAUAACUGUAUGCAGUUGCUAGUCAACUUACUGCCUUGCCGGUCCAUGGUGUAAGACCGUCUAUUUUUUGCAAGCUCUGCAGUACAUGUCCUAAUAACAACCAUGAGUACCAUGCCAUUUACUUGAAAUCCGCAGAACCAGUUGAAAUGG